AUGGAUUUGCUUCCGGGAGGGAGUUCAAGCAUGGUGAAGAAAACCGGGUUCAGGUCACUGAAGCUGGUGAACGUUGAUAUGGACCAAGUUCUGGGAGACAAGCCUGUUGGGGUUGACUAUGGGAGGCUUGACAAUGGUCUAUCUUACUAUGUUCGUUGCAAUUCUAAGCCCAAAAUGAGAGCAGCCCUCGCUCUUGCUGUUAAAGUAGGGUCAGUUUUGGAAGAGGAGGAAGAACGAGGAGUUGCUCACAUUGUUGAGCAUCUUGCUUUCAGUGCUACUCAGAAGUACACAAAUCAUGAUAUAGUCAGAUUUCUUGAGAGUAUUGGGGCAGAAUUUGGGGCUUGCCAGAAUGCGGUGACGUCUGCCGAUGACACUGUUUAUGAGUUAUUUGUUCCUGUUGACAAGCAUGAACUCUUAUCUGAGGCGAUUUCUGUAUUGGCAGAAUUCAGUUCUGAGAUUCGUGUCUCAAGAGACGAUUUAGAAAGAGAGAGAGGUGCUGUUAUGGAAGAGUACAGAGGGAAUCGAAACGCUACGGGAAGGAUGCAGGAUGCUCAUUGGCUUUUGAUGAUGGCCGGUUCAAAGUAUGCUGAGCGCUUACCUAUUGGAUUAGAGAAGGUAAUUCGAACUGUUUCUCCUGAGACUGUGAAGCAAUUUUAUCAGAAGUGGUACCAUUUAAGCAAUAUGGCAGUGAUAGCUGUAGGAGAUUUCCCUGAUACUGAGAGUGUAGUUGAGUUGAUAAAGAAUCAAUUUGGGCAUAAAAUUUCCGCACCUGAGCGUGCACUUAUACCAACAUAUCAAGUUCCAUCUCAUGAAGAGCCACGUUAUUCAUGUUUCAUUGAAUCUGAGGCAACCGGGUCUGCAGUGAUUAUUAGCUAUAAGACUCCAGCUGAUGAGCUCAAUACUGUGAGGGACUAUAGGGAUUUACUGGCAGAGUCAAUGUUCCUCUAUGCUCUAAACCAGAGGUUCUUUAAAAUAGCUCGUAGAAAAGAUCCACCAUUCUUUUCAUGCUCAACUUCCGCGGAUGUUCUGGUUGCCAGGGUGCGGCUACAUGGGUUUUCAGAACGGGAAGUGUCUACAGUUCGAGCUUUACUGAUGUCAGAGAUUGAAUCUGCAUAUUUAGAACGUGAUCAAAUGCAGUCAACUAGCUUGCGAGAUGAAUAUUUACAGCAUUUUCUCCGUAAUGAACCUGUUAUUGGGAUUGAGUAUGAGGCUCAACUCCAGAAGACCCUUCUACCUUCUAUAACAGCAGCAGAGAUAUCCAAAUUUGCUGAGAAGUUACAAACAUCAUGCAGCUGUGUCAUUAAGACAAUUGAACCACGAGCUUCUGCAAUAGUAGAUGAUCUGAAAAAUGUUGUAUCUAAAAUCAGUGCUCUUGAGGAAGAAAGAAUCAUUUCUCCAUGGGAUGAAGAACAUAUUCCAGAAGAAAUUGUUAGCACAAAACCUAAUCCAGGGAACAUUGUGCAGCAAUGUGAAUAUCCAAAUAUUGGAGCUACUGAAUUGGUUCUAUCGAAUGGCAUGAGAGUUUGCUAUAAGAGUACAGACUUUCUUGAUGAUCAGGUCAUCUUUACAGGGUUCUCAUAUGGGGGCUUAUCUGAACUUGUUGAAAGUGAGUACUUCUCUUGCUCGAUGGGACCAACUAUUGCAGGAGAAAUUGGUGUAUAUGGUUAUAGACCUUCAGUUCUGAUGGAUAUGCUUGCGGACUUAGAAACUGCCUUGCAGCUUGUUUAUCAACUAUUUACCACACAUGUAACACCAGGAGAAGAAGAUGUCAAAAUAGUGAUGCAAAUGGCAGAAGAAAUGGUCCGUAAUCAAGACAGGGAUCCUUAUGCUGCAUUUGCGAAUCGUGUGAAGGAGCUAAACUAUGGGAACUCCUAUUUCUUUAGGCCUACCAGACUAAGAGAUCUUCAGAAAGUUGAUCCAAUGAAAGCUUGUGAAUAUUUCAACAAAUGUUUCAAGGAUCCAUCAACUUUCUCUAUGGUCAUUGUUGGGAAUAUCGAUCCUUCUAUAGCAGUUCCUUUAAUAUUGCAAUACUUGGGCGGAAUACCAAAGCCUCCAGAACCUCUCAUGCAAUAUAACCGCGAUGACCUGACAGGACUGCCAUUCACUUUUCCAAAGACCAUAAUAAGAGAAGUGGUACGCAGCCCUAUGGUGGAAGAACAAUGUUCUGUCCAGCUUUGCUUUCCUGUGGAGCUGAAUAAUGGAACCAUGGUAGAAGAUAUUCACCUUGUUGGUUUCCUGAGCAAACUUCUUGAAACAAAAAUAAUGCAGGUUCUCCGGUUCAAGCAUGGACAGAUCUACACUGUGGGCGUUUCAGUAUUUCUAGGCGGUAAUAAGCCUUCCAGAACUGCUAAUGUUCGUGGAGAUAUAAGCAUAAAUUUUUCUUGUGAUCCAGAAAUUUCCUCGAAGCUGGUCGAUCUUACUUUGGAUGAAAUAUUACGUCUUCAAGAGGAAGGGCCUUCAACUGAGGAUGUCUCAACCGUCCUUGAAAUUGAGCAAAGAGCCCAUGAAAAUGGGAUUCAGGAGAAUUACUACUGGCUGGAGAGGAUUUUACACAGCUACCAGUCAAGGAUAUACUCUGGCGAUGUCGGCACUUGUUUUGAGACUCAAGAGGAAGGUCGGUUAAAAGUUAGACAAUCUCUGACCCCAGGAACAGCGCAGUUAGCAUUACAAAACAUACUACCUUAUCCUUGUAAAAAGCAGUACACUGUAGUAAUCUUAAUGCCCCGUACUUCUCGCUUUAAGUUACUGCAUUCAUUCUUUCGAUCUACGACCAGCUUUGGUAGAGAUGCCAAGAUUUUAGCCGGGCUUGCUGGUCUCACAGUUUUGGGUCUUAGCUUGUGGAGACGUUCACGAAGUGCGCACUAAAAUCCUAGGUGACUUUUACAUA